CGCGUGACGCCCCGAUCUCUUUCGAUUAAUCGACCUCGAAUACGUUAAGAUAGCACGUGACCAGAUUUUAACCGCACAGUGUAAAAAAAAAAAAAUUAACAAAAUCCACGAACGUUGCCGACGAAGAAAAUCAAUUUUGAUUAGAAUUAUGUUUCGUUCACGAUGACACAGUAGCGACAAAGACUAAAAUAUUAUACAUCGUAUAUUGAAGUUGGUUCGAAACAAGAAAAUUUCGAAGCGUGCACAGCAUCGAGAUUAGCAGCGAACAAGAGGGCUUGCGGCAAUCGGUCACAACCGGUACAUACAUACUCUUAUUGGCAAUAAGCAUGGACGGGCAGCAUAAAAGUUAGCCCGAUUCAUACCGGUGCGUUAGUCAGCAAUUGGACGCCGGAGCGUUCGCGCCUUCUACCUCGACGUCGUGCAGUUUUCCGCGUUUUUAACGCUAGUAUUUCGGCACACCGAACACUUUUUAUUUUAUAAUUGACUCGGACCUUUAUACCGUACAUGCGUAAUUUCACGUUCAUUGCCGCGUAUUCGUCGACCGAUCAAGUUUGUGCACAAUAUUCGUGAUACGAGUGUACCUAACCUCCAACGACGCGUUAGCUCGCUGACAAGAUAUAUUCGACGGGUGUAGUGUCACGAACGAAUAGUCACGUGUAUUGGAAGUUGGAACGAUACGGUCUUUAACGCGCACCCGGUUUUUGUUCGCAAACCGUUUACAAUUCAAAAUCACGAAGAGCCAGUCUUUUCGAAGAAAAUAUUUCACGAGUAAAACCGUAAACGACUCGAAAGUGACGUUUAUUGUGCAUCGGUUUGUGCGCGAUUUUUUCUCUGCUGAAAGUUUCGAGGUUAAGGAUACUUCGAAAAAAAGCCCGAGAUCGUUAUAAUGAAGAUCGGCUAAUGGACAGUGAACACAGUUCAAGAUGUUUUUUACGAUAUUACACUGUUGUCGCAGAGAGACGAAGAAAAUAGCUUUCUUCGACGAUCUCGAUCGUCGUUGUCUAUUCGGUUUGCUUCUCUGUCGCCGAUUCAAGGAAGAUGAGGCCGUGCUGCUGGAGCUGAGACCGCCUCGCAGGCUGCGAAAGACGCAAGGCCCGCAUCCACGAGCGAUCACCAAAAACGACAUUUACUGCCACGGGGACCUGCUGCACACGAUACAGAUGGCCGCGAUCUACAAGGAUUCGAAAACGUUCGUCGACAUGAAGAUGAAGCACCCGCCCAACGAGACGUUGAUGCUCUUUCGGGAGUUUAUGGAACGACGCGACCAUGUGCCGUCCAGACACGAAAUCGCGCAAUUCGUGAACGACACGUUCGACCCGGAGGGAUCCGAGUUCGAGGAGUGGGAUCCGGCCGAUUGGACUCCGCGACCAAAGUUCCUCGACAAGAUUCUCGACGAUCAGCUUCGUAAAUUCGCCUCCGAUUUGAACGAUAUCUGGAAAAUGUUGGGUCGAAAAAUGAAAAACGACGUAAAGGUUCACGAGGAACAAUACUCUAUCAUAUACGUGCCGAAUCCGGUGAUCGUUCCCGGCGGUCGGUUUCGAGAGUUCUACUAUUGGGACUCUUAUUGGAUCAUCAAAGGUCUCCUACUCUCGGAAAUGUACACGACCGUGAAGGGAAUGCUAACCAACUUUGCCAUGAUCGUCGACAAGAUCGGUUUCAUACCGAACGGAGGCAGAAUAUAUUACGCGAUGAGAUCUCAUCCGCCUCUUUUGAUACCGAUGGUCGACGAAUACCUCAAGACCACUCACGAUUACGAAUGGCUCGACGAAAACUUUCACCUCUUGGAAAAGGAGUUCGACUUUUGGAUGACGAAUCGAACGGUCGAGGUCGAACUGGACGGAGUGAAGUAUACCCUGGCCAGAUACUACGAGGAAUCCUCGGGACCGCGACCAGAGUCCUACAAAGAGGAUUAUCUGACCAGCCAGAGUUUCCGCACCGCCGAAGAGAAGGACAACUAUUACGCGGAGUUAAAGACCGCGGCCGAAUCGGGUUGGGACUUUUCCAGUCGAUGGUUUAUACUCGACGGGACGAACAAAGGUAACCUGACCAACUUGAAAACGAGAUACAUUAUCCCCGUCGAUCUGAACUCGAUAAUAUAUCGAAAUGCACAGCUGCUGGCACAGUACAGUUUGAGGAUGGGCAACGAGAGCAAGGCCGCGUACUACCGGAAGCGAGCGGAAGAAUGGAAGAAAGCGGUGACGGCGGUGCUGUGGCACGACGAAGUCGGUGCCUGGCUCGACUACGACUUACUGAACGACAUCAAGAGAGAUUACUUUUAUCCGACGAACAUUCUGCCGCUCUGGACCCAGUGCUACGAUCUAGCCAAGAGAGAGGAAUACGUGUCGAAGGCGUUGAAAUAUCUCGAAAAGAAUCAAAUCAUGUUGAAUCUCGGUGGUAUACCUACGACUCUCGAACACUCGGGUGAACAGUGGGACUACCCGAACGCUUGGCCUCCGUUGCAAUACUUCGUGAUCGUGUCGUUGAACAAAACCGAAGACCCGUGGGCGCAAAGGCUCGCCUACGAGAUCAGUCAACGAUGGGUUCGAAGCAACUACAAGGCGUUCAACGAGACGCAUAGCAUGUUCGAGAAGUACGACGCGACGGUAUCGGGUGGUCACGGAGGCGGUGGCGAGUACGAGGUACAACUGGGUUUCGGUUGGUCCAACGGGCUCGUCAUGGACUUGCUGGACAAGUACGGUGACAGGUUGACGGCCGAAGACCAUUUCGUGCACGACGAUGUCAUGCAAAACUCGGCUCCGCAACAAGUAGUCGUUUCGACGGCCGGUCAAGUAAUGACCGGUAUCCUAGCUCUCAUCAUAUCGUUGGCCGCAGGAUUCAUAGGAAUGGUGAUGUACAAGAGACGGCACUACUACGUACCUGGUCCGUCCACGAUGCCGAACAAGAGGAAAGUGAUCGCACCAACCGGCAAUCUUUACCGGAAAAGGGUCGCCUAUACCGAGCUCAAGGAUAUGAACAACGAUUGACGAUAGCUGAUUAUUUAGAGAGGGCCGAUUCGUAGCGCGAAGCGAGCGUAACAGCAUCAACGAGGACGAGAAGAGAAGAGCAACCAAAAGUGCCGCGAGCAACCGCGAAACGCGUUCCUUACCGGCCUAGCCGGCAACUAGAAAGGAUUAAAGGUGAAAGUGUGUGCGUGCAUGCGUGCGGACGUACCAGCGAGUGCGCGCGUGUCAAGUGAUCAACGAACAGCCAAGAGAACUCUUCGGAACGCGGCGUUAAAGUAACGAUCCUUUCGAGUCGCGAUACGCUUCCGCGAACGCGUAGUUGGCGCUGCGCUUUGCACUGCUCUCGAAUCGAAAGACGGAUCGGAAUUUUCGCCUUUGUAGAAGUAACAUUUCGUUCGUUCCGUCGGUCGCGCGUUCUCGUUUCUGGCCAGACUCGAGAUCGUCGACGACGUUUCCCUACCUCUCAAAAGUCGAUCGCGUUUCAUUCGGGGAAGGUGAACGCGGUCGCGCGAAGCGCUAACGAUCGACAAUUUGUCGCGAAAUGCCGUUUAAUACGCUCGCAGAGCGUUGACCAGAUAUCCUUUGCACGAACUGGAUGGCCAUUUGCCCUCGCCCUAAAUUCUGCUAAACGAUUCGUAUGCCCGCUGCGCUGCGGGCUACUGCUCGGUUACGCUCUCUCGAAACGAUUUUCGCUAACUAACAGGAGAAAGGAAGGGUAUCGAUGAACGCGUCCAACCACGGUAUACCAACUUACGAUCGACGGAGUUUUACUUAGGUUUAAAUGAUUCAUCCUCGAAUCGCGAUAUGUACCGCGUACUUUUAGACGAAGAUUAGUCGACGAAAACGUUCUAUUUUUCCUGCUAUUUUUAUAACGAAAUCAGUUUAGCUUGCGCAUUUUCAAUUCACAAAUGUUUCGAGGCAAACGAAAAUGUAAAGAGAACGACGAAUCGAACAAGAGAUUCGUAACCGAUGCGCCGCACUCCGCACUCUCUAACUCUAAAUCUACGAUACUUGAAUCAUUGUGAUACUUUUAAAUAAGCGGAUACGUACGCGUUUCUGUAUCCCUCACCAAACUGCUCCUUAUUUAUCUCGAGCGAUUGCUCGCGUUUAUACGCGUCGAUGGUGCUUUUAUCCCGCGAUCUGAAUUUUAUCGACUCGUAGAAUCGCCGUCAAAGGUGUCUGGUUACUGGUCUAGUAAAUAAAGUUCCAAUCGAAUCGUGCAGCUUAUAUUGUAGCGAGAUCGACGAUCAAACGGAACGCGAAAACGUAUCGAUCGAACGAUAUUUAUUAUGUCGAGGCGUUUUCUCUUCGAGAAGCAGCAGGAAUAUUGAGAUCGAUCGAUCGAUAGAUAGAUAAAUAGAUAAAUAGACAGAUAGAUAGAUAAUGACUGCAACUUUAAUAGAUACGUGUAUUCGGUAUACGCAUGUACAUACGUUAUACAUAUACAUACAUAUAGUAUAUAAAAAACUAUGAUACGCUGGCGUGUCAUGUGAAAAUUUUUAGGAAAAAUUGCCCAGCCCGUCUUUUCUCUCUCUUUUCUUUCUUUUUUCUAUGUACAUACAACGUGUAUAUCUGCGACUGUAAUAUUUCAACAAAAUGCGCUCGUUUGGUAAAUAAAGUGUAAAAGAAAACGAACUGGAGACAACAAGGAAGGGGAAAAGGGUACCUGGUGUCGUUUAAUCGAACGUCGAAUUCGCUGUAAAAUGAACGACAACGUUAUCUCGACAGAUUACUUGUAUUUCUUUAGAAUAUACCACGUAACAACAAGGAAAAAUACUGAAUUAUACGGGGAUACCUUAUUUGGUGUAUCGCACGAGCGUGAGCUAAAUUUAAAUUGUUUUGCUGCGCUGUAGAACCUCUUAUUUAUCGGCAAUACAAUGUUAAUACUUAUGAUCGGUAAACUAGCACGAACACGUGAUUACGUACGUACGACCGCUCGUUUGAUGGAUAUUUUAACUUUCAAGUAAAUUAGCCAAACUUGUAUCGUUGCUUUGGCAUUCUUUCUUUUUUCUUUGCCAUCGAUCGAUCGAGUACGAUCAAUGCGGUAUUAAAUUUAGUUCAAUUUUCGGAAUUUAACCGCGAUCUCGUGUCAACGAUAUACGAAAACAAAAUCCACGCUUUCCUUUUCAAUAUUUUCUGCAACGUACGUCGUUGAUUUCGUUCGAACGACGAGAGCUACCUACGGGAUCGCCUUGCUUCGUCUAUCUGCUAUCUGGUACGUCGCGCUCGCGUUCGUUUCGAUACACGAUAUCCAUAGUCGUAACUAACCGUUCUCGACCGACGUUCGCGAACUUGAUUAAAUACCUAUCGAUUCCACUGCUUUUCGUACAAACGAGCGUUACGCGUUUCCAACUUUAGUAAACGCAAUACUAAAGAAAAGUCAUCGGCACAAACAAAUAGAUAAAUAGUUAGCGAUGAGCAAUCGUAGCCGAUCAGCUACGAGUGAAGAAAAAAAAAAAGAGGCCGGAAGGGGGAAGACAAAUCACGAAGUGUCUCUAUAUCAGCACUUUGGUGCACGCAAACAAAUGUACAUAUGUAUAUAAACGCGUUUUUCUUUUCGUACAUAUUGCGUUAUAUGUAUUUAACGAGUGUGCAUGAACCCGUGUAUGUUUCUCUUGUUCCUUCUUUUUCAGCCAGUUUUACACCGUUGGGCAUCGUUAUAAAUAUAAUCGCCGUUCGAUGAUUUACGUAAUCCUACAAAUAAAUAUCUAUCACAAAAGACUGGUCUAAUAGUAAUAAUAAUAUAAUAGUAAUGGUGGUAGUAGUAAUGAUGAUGAUGAUAAUAAUAAUAAUAAUAGUAAUAAUAACAAUAAUAAUAAUAAUAAUAAUGUGGCUUUUGCGGCUUACGGUGAUUCCCGAUGUCAUCGUUUUAGCUCUCUUAUUUUCUCUUUAACGACGUUCAAUACAAAUUAUGACGAAUGCUUAUUCCUAAGUAUUUACAAAUCGUAUGUCACUAGUACUUUCUGGUUUACCCUGCGCUAUCGCAGCCAUCGUUUCUCUUUUUUAAUAAUAAAUACAACGAUGAUUCGUGCCUCUUA